UGUUGCUGAGAAAGGGGCUCCCCCGCCUGGCAUUGUGGGGCCGCUGGCCUCCGAUUCACAACAGCCUGUGACAAAUCGCAGCUACGUUAAAAAACGGAGAGCGCUGAUUGGCUGAAAGGCCGACAGAGAAGAGCAGCAGACCAAUGACAUUUCACUGCGAUGGAUUAUUAUUCAUUGACGUGAGGACUCCUUCAUGUCAUCCUCUCUGGGGCUCAGCAUGGCGCAGGCGGAGGACAAACGCAGCCUGGAGGCGAAAUUUGCCGCUGCAGUUAAAGUGAUGCGGAGUUUGCCUGAAGAAGGUCCUUUCCAGCCCUCUGAUGACAUGAUGCUGAUGUUCUAUAGUUACUACAAGCAGGCCACCGUUGGGCCCUGCAAAAUCCCCAGACCAAGUGGCUUCUGGGACACUCGUGGAAAAGCUAAAUGGGAUGCAUGGAGCUCUUUAGGAAAUAUGACAAAGGAGGAAGCCAUGAAGAAUUAUGUUGAAGACAUCCAGCUGAUUUUGGAGACCAUCCCAGUCUCAGAUGAAGUGUCCGACCUGGUACAGAAGCUUGGCAACUUCUACACUGAGGUAGACGGAGAAGGAGAAGAUGACGGAGAAAAUGAAGUGGACAGGAGACCCUUCACCAGGCCUUUUGCCAAACAUGCAGAUGAGCUGGUCAAACCAUUUAAGAAACCAACAAUGGAAGGAUAUGGGGAUCUGUGGGAUGAUAUACAAAACCUUCAAGGAAAAGACAGUGUUCAUGGCUUAAGUGUCAGUAGCGAGGAGGAAGCGGGGAGUAAAGAAAAUAGUGAAAUCGAGAGAAAGGAGGAAAGUAGUGAUUGGAAGAAAAGCGAGGAAGAGGAGAAUGGGGAUGAAGAAGACAAUGCAGAAGAUGAAGACAAUAAGGAAGAGGAGGAGGAAAAAGUCUGGAGUCCUGACCCAAGGCUGCUGAUGGUGGAGGACAAGAGGUGGAGGUCUGACACCAGAGGGUCCAGCAGCAGUGUGGAACCCAGCAUGUCCUCCUUCACCAACGGGACACACAGCUCCCUCAACAGUGAGGUGGAGGAGGAGGAACUGGCCUAUUCUGUAGAGCCCAGUGUGCAGUAUAACCCAUACAUGCACUUUAAUGGACACCUGAAUGAUCACAACGAUGCCGUUCUUGAGAAGAACCACCGAUCCACAGACUCAGACAGUGAGGAAUUCUGUGACUCAAUGGAGCAUCUAGCCAUGGAAGAGCGGGCGUCUACAUCAAAAGUCCAGUCACCUGGAUCAGGAGCUGCCUCAGUGAAUCAAAAGGAUCUUUGGUUUGAGAGCAGCAGUACCCUGAAUGGAGGAGAGGAUCAAGUACUAACAAGGGAUUCCUACUUUAAAGAAGGAAUUAGUACAAGCCAACACAACAGCUCCUUGUCAAGAAGAAGGAGAGUUUCAGGUUCUCAGUCGCCAAGGGCUGCCUGCAGCUCUCAGUGGUGUGUCAGUGCAGAUGCUGCCAGCUGUUGUGUGUCACAGAGCAGACGUCCCGUCGGUGCCUCCAAGGGAAACGUCAACGAGCAAAUAGCUACAGCUCUGCUGAGGCUGCAGCGCGACAUGGCCAGUGUGUUGCACAGGCUGCACGCUCUGGAGAUGCUCACUGUGUCACAGUCAAGAUCAUCUUCGCCAAGGCAGGAGGACUCCUUACCUGUAGCACGAAAGAUCUUUAGACCAUCCUGGUGGCCUUUUGACUCCUCUCCACUCACGGUGGUGUUGACUGCACUCUGGCCUCUGAUUGCUCAUUGGCUUGUCCAGCUUUACUUGCAGCGGAAGAGAAGGAAAAUCCCCUGAAUUGGCUGACAGCCAUCAGCAUCAAUCAAAGAACAUGAACCUGGGAUGAAACUGUUGCUUGUUUUGUUGCUUUGUGGCUUUUGAAAGUCACCAACACAGACAAUGUAAUGAGACACCAGUAGAAAUGGAAAGACUAUGUUAGAUAAAUUGAUGGUCAGAAAGGCAAUCAAAGGGAAACUCUGAGGUACAGCAUAGCAUUUUGACUUCAUGGACUCUGCGUAGGGUUUUAGGAAGGGGAAGAUUAAUGCAUUUUAAAUGCAGGCACAUUUUCAUUGUUGUAGCUUGCUUAGCAUUGGCAGGUCUUAUUUAUGACAUGUCUCAUAGAUCACCAGGAACUCAAUAUCUACAUAACUCACAUAACUAAGUCAACUUUGAACUGAGAUAAAUUCAUGAUCAUAUACUCAUACUAACUGUCUUUACCCGAAGAGUGUUUCACCAUUGUCAUUACCAGGUAUCUUAUUUAUUGUACAUCUCACUGUUUAUUUAGGUUUCUUUUCAUAUUUUUGUCAAAUAAUAUAUACAUAUAAAUAUAUAUAUUUUCCUGAUAAUUAAGGACAUCUGCAUUUUAUAUUGAUGGUCUGAAAUGUAGAAGUAUUUCAGGAGCAUUUCCUUUAAGACCAAAUAGACAUUUUAAAAAUAAGGUUAUUUAUGUGUAAAAGUGAAUGUUUAUUUUAUAGUUUCAGUGCAAUGGAAUCAAGAAUUGGACUUUUGCAAAACAAGAACAAAAAAAGUGACAUACAGAUUACAGACAAUCUAUAUAUCUAUAUAUAAUCAUUCAUGUUUCUUGUCAGCUGUA